AUGAUUGAGCAACAUUCGUCAACUUGCCAGUCGAUCUUUACGGCACACGAGCUGGGAAUCCUCAGAGCAGCAAUUCUCGACAGUUCACGACAUCACCGCAAAUUGCGUGACGACCAGUUGUCUGAAAACUUUGAGAAAAUAAGUCCACCAAAGCAGCCCUCCGCUGACGGCGUCUUGGUUCACAACUUGUCCUCCCAUCGUUUUACUCAACAACAACUAGCGGUUAUAUCCUAUGACGCAAAGUUCAGCACAAGAGAUGCUCAACCAGGAGACUUUAUUGCAUCCUUUGAAUCGGCGCUCCAGAAGUGUGAGGCAAGCGAGGAGUGCAAAAACGUCAUGCGACAACAAGUGUCGACCUUGCUCCUCCGACACAAACGCCAGAUGACGGUUUCUAAUGCAAAAGAUCGAGAACUUCUGAAAAUUCGAAAACUAGAGGAUAUCGUUACCCUACACGCUGGCAAGGGGAGCUGGACUGUCGUCAUGAAUAAGGCUGAGUACUGCAAAAAACGGGGCAACCUCUUGAUGGACAAGGAAGCUUAUGCGCCAUCGGCUGUCAGCGAGUUCAAAAAGCUCGUAAACAGCAUAAACAAGACGAUCGGCUAG